UCAUUUUUCCGGACACUUCAUCAGGAUUAAGUCAAAAUGCAGCAACCUGAACCCCAGCAGACAGCUCAGCAGACAACAGCAAUACUGGAUCCAGCAGUCCACUACAUGCGUCGGAGGAGGACGGCGCUCUGGGUGACGGUGUCUCUGCUGGCUCUGGCUCUGGUGGUGCUGACAGUGGGUCUGGUCUCAGCCACACGCACCGACAACGUGCCUGUGGCUGGAUAUUACUCCGGCAUCACGCUGAGUUUUGGAGCGUUUUUGGGCAUUGUUGGCAUUCACCUGGUUGAAAACCGCCGACCUAUGCUGGUGGCAGCGAUCAUAUUCAUCAGUAUCGGAGUUGUCGCCUCUUUCUUCUGUGCCAUUGUGGACGGAAUCAUCGCGUCAGAGUUCAUUGACACAAGACCCUUGCAGGAGGACAUGUGUGACUUUUACGCCAGCGAAGCGGCUUAUGCCUAUGACAACUACUACACUGAGGUGACGUGUCGUUCCUUUGACAAAGCGUGUAAACUGAAGCUGAGGAGCAACACAUGCUACUGUUGCUACCUGUACAACUGUGCCAGCACGGAGUUCCACAACCAGUACUACGAGUUCACGGGGGUCAACAGCUGCUGGGACGUGAUCCACCUGCAGCGCCUGCUCUGGACCGCCGUGGUGCUCAACGUCUUCUGCCUGUUCCUGGGCAUCAUCACCGCCGCCGUGCUCGGGGCGUACAAGGACAUGAAGCCCACUCCUCAGACGGCUACCAGCCCCGCACCACCCCCCCACAUCCUUUACAACCCCUCGCAGCACAUGCUCACCUACGCUGGCUACUGCCCAUCGGGACAGACUCUGCCCGCUUACCCCAACUAUCCAAUCCCCAUGCAGCACAACAGCAGCUAUCAGCCCCCUGCCACUCCUCAGAUGGUCCCUGAGGGGGGGAAUGCCUCCACCCCCUGCCCGUCUGAGGAGAACCAGAGCCAGCCCCCCUCUCAGAUCCCCAACCAGCCCCAGCCUCAGGGGGGCACCCAGGAACCAGGGGGCUACAUGCUGACCCCCAACGCUCCGGUCCUCUACGGCUCCGCCUACAAUCCCUUUGAAAAACCCCCACCUUACGCCUGCUGAGCCCCCAGCCCAACACCUGGGGCCUGUUGGAGGAAAUAUAUCUAGACCUUGUCGGACUGAAAGUAGCACACGACAUUUCAUAGAUGACCUUGGAGAGCAGACAGUGGGCUUCACUCUGUACUGAUACAUGUUACUGUGUUCGCACUGAGGAG